GUCUGCAUGGACGAUCCGUCCGUAUCGCCAUCAAAUCAAAACGUAUAUCAGCUGUUCGUAUCGUAAUAAAAAUCUGUCUGGACGCGUAAAAAUGAUUGCGUAAAUAUUCGAAUCGAUAUCGAUCGUUAUCUCCGAUAACGAUUUCGUUCGUCUUUGAAAGUACGAUGCAAAGUUCAAUAAAUCGGAUCUGGCGAAAUGUCUCCGAAUUACAAAUCAAGCUGUACUAUUCUUAUCUAUGAUCUGUAAAUAUUGUAAAUCUAAAGAGUCAGGAAUGUAUAACUGAUAGAUGUUGUAAUUUAUACGUAACAUAUUUGAACAAAGUAGCAUGUACUCAGUAGAAUAAAUAAACUUUAAGAAAUAGUUUCUUGCGUCUCUUUCUCAUAUUCGAUAGAAGUAAACAAGCGUGAGUGAAUGUUUUCAUAGAGAAUCUAGAAAAAUAGAAUCUUGUCAAGCAAUCAGUGCGAUAUAAUAACUGGUAACAUCGUAUUAUUGAAAGAGAUCACGAUAUUGGACCGAUAAUCGGAAUGUUCAUCACCCACGUACAUGAACCACUUGUAAGGAGAUGUAUCUGCAAUAAAAAUAGCACCAUAAGGACCUGUUAUCGAUUACAAUUUAGAAUUAUCACGAGAUAUACUCGUUCAGAAGCAUAUAUAAAUCGUAAUUUCAAAACGAUCCACUAGUUACUUCGAAACGACCGAAUAACAAUGUUGACCAAGUGCGUUUUGGCUGCCAUCCUCGUGUUCCAGGUUUGCCUGGCCGUGCCCUACAACCUGACCCCACGUAUCACCGACGGUGUAGACGCCGCCCCCGGUGAAUUUCCAUACCAAGUAUCCGUACAAUGGGGAGUCCCACCUCUGGUUAAAUACAGCCACAGCUGCGGAGGUUCCAUCUUGAACCAAAACUACAUCCUGACUGCUGGACACUGCGUCCUCAAGGUUGGAAAACUCAGGGUCAUCGCUGGUAAAUACUACCUGUCCAAGGACGAGAGCUCCGAACAGGUUAUCAACGUUGCUAAGACUGUUGUCCACAGCCAAUACCCAGGAGGCGUUGCCCAACAUGACAUCGCCCUUCUCAAGUUGGAGAAACCCCUGAAAUUCAACGCUCAGGUGCAACCCAUCAAGCUACCCGCCCAAGGUCAGAAACAAGCCGGACAGGCUAUCCUCAGUGGAUGGGGAUCAACAUCUAAGACCGUCCGCCCUGUUCUUCCUAACAAACUCCAGAAGGCUAAUGUACCAAUCAUCUCCAACGAGGAAUGCUUGAAGGAACUGAAAUCCCAGAACACCGUUGGCAAACAACCUGAACUCUUCGACACCCAGGUCUGCAGUGGCAGCGCUGGCAAAGAAAUCUCUGCUUGCUCUGGUGACUCUGGCGGCCCACUCGCCCAAGGACACGGAAAGAACGCCGUUCAAGUUGGUAUCGUCUCCUGGGGAAUGAUGCCAUGUGGAACCAGCCACAUGCCCUCUGUCUACACCCGUGUCGCCUCCUACGUCGACUGGAUUCACCAAAACAUGCACUAUAUAAGUCACAGUAGCAUCGAAAAGCUUCAUACCAACAAAAUGUCUUCGAAGUUGAUCAUCCUUCUUACCUUCCUCGCUGUGGCCUCUGCCACCAAGCCCUUCCUCGGCGUCCCAGCGCCGUUCUUCCUGGGCCGCAUAACCGGAGGAUCGGAAGCAACCCCAGGUUCAGCACCUUGGCAAGUUUCCCUUCAAUGGGGAAUGUCAAGCAGCUCCCUGUCCCACUUCUGCGGUGGUUCCAUCUUGAACAGCCAAUGGAUUCUCACAGCUGGACACUGUGUUCUGGCUGUUCCAAGCUAUGGUCAAUUCGUGGUCAAAGUAGGAAAACACAACUUGAAGCUGACCGAGAGCACUGAACAAUCCAUCCGUGUUUCGAAGUCCAUCGUUCACGAACAAUACGUUGGAGAUGUAGCACCCUACGACAUCGCCCUGUUGAAACUGGCCUCUCCCCUGAAGAUGACCAAGACGGUCCAAGCGAUCGCCUUACCAUCUGCAGGAAGCAACCCCUCCGGAACUGCCACCUUGACAGGCUGGGGAUCAACUUCAAGGACCUCGUACCCAAUCAUGCCCGAUAAACUCCAAGUUGCCCAGUUACCUCUGGUCGACCUUGCCACCUGCAAAAAGGCCGUCGAAUCUCUCGUUGGUCCAUCCCCAUUGCACGAGACCAACGUCUGCACUGGUCCCCUCACCGGUGGAUACUCUGCGUGCAGCGGUGACUCUGGCGGUCCAUUGGUCUUGAACAAACAGAUCAUCGGUGUCGUUUCCUGGGGAAUCGUUCCUUGCGGCACAACUGGAGCUCCUUCUGUCUACACCAAAACUUCCUCUUUCAUUUCCUGGAUCCAGGACAAGAUUAUCAUUUCGAACAUGGCGAUGCUCGCACGACGGCCCACAAGGAUAGUAGGAGGGAAGGAUGCGGAGAAAGGACAGCAUCCCUGGCAAGUUUCCGUGCACUGGGGCGAUCGAGAACGAAAAAUACCACCCAGACACAUCUGUGGUGGCAGUGUGAUAACAGCUGGUUGGAUACUGACAGCUGGUCACUGCAAAACACUGACUCCAUCCUCAGGAGAGUUCUUGAUCCUCGCUGGCAAAUACAAACUGGGAGUUCUUGAGGAGACUGAACAGAGCAGAUUGGUUGUCGAUGUUUUUGUUCAUCCGCAAUACGAUGGAACCGUUGCACCGUACGAUAUCGCUCUGAUGCAAGUGGAAACGCCAUUCGAUUUAAACACGUUCGUAUCUACAGUGGCUCUACCGUAUCCUGAGUCGAUUCCAACGGGAGAUGCUAUGCUCACUGGAUGGGGUAGUAUCGGAAGAACGCGGGCUCCGGAGAAACCAGAAAAUCUACAGGCAGCUAUAUUACCGAUAAUCGAUUAUGAUUUGUGUAAGACCACGCUGGAUAAGACGUUGAACUCGAAGGUGAAGAAUCCGCUUCAUCCGACGAAUGUUUGCACUGGGCCUUUGAAUGGAAGUCUGUCAGCUUGCAAGGGAGACUCCGGAGGACCACUAGUGACAAAAAACGCAUUCGGCGAAGCGGAAGUGGUAGGAAUAGUGUCCUGGGGCCUAUUUCCCUGCGGUGGAAAGAACGCGCCUUCAGUGUACACCAGAGUAUCCGCUUUCGUCACAUGGAUCGCCGUGAUCAUGUUAAACCAUUCUUAA